CUGGCCUAUCGUUUCCUCUCUCUCAUACGCCGGCUGUUUCGCGGAGAGAUCUCACUGCCUUCCUCACACCUGUUAGCUGUAACCACCUGACCGAGCACCAGAAAAAGAACACGAACGAGAGAGACGGGAUAUGGACCUUUAUUCAAUCAUCACUGCUGUUUUGCUUCUGCAACUGCAAGGUUUUCAUGUGGCCUUGCUCCAGGCACCAACAAACUCUCCAGGACGGACGAUCGAUCAAAGUUGGCUUCGUCAACUGUUCAAAUCCAAGCUCAACAAGACAUCAGAAGCUCCGUUCAAUGACUUGGAUGAUAUGAACCAGGAGGGUACUGAGUCAACAGAUGACUCUGCUUGGGGUAUCGCAGAUGGUUACAUGUCAUCUAGUGGGGAACAGGACGACAUCCAGGACACAAAUGAGACUUCUGGUGAUGUUACGAUUGGCACCUCAAUGCCACCAGAGUUGCCAGACGCUACAGCGGAGGACCCUGAAUCGCCAGCGACCGCUGUUGAAUCUCCAGAAACCACUGUUGCACCAGAACCCCCAGUGAGUGUUGCCUUAAACUCAAGCCAAGUUUCCAAUGCAACUGGAGAGGACAGUGGACUCCAAACUACCACCACCACUCCAAUCACAGAAAACUCAAAUGGCUCUAAUUACAUGUCCAAUGACACUGAAUUGAAUGAGACAACCACAGCACCAGACACCAAUAGCACAGAUGAGGCCGGUCCAGAUCCUGAUGUUGAGAAUGGGGUAACCAACAGUACAGAGGACAGCCAUAAUGUAACGACUGCAGUACCAGAAAGACCAGAGCCAUCAAGUGAACCAUCCACAGCUUCCCCCACCACAAAGCUCCCCUUGGACUCACCUGGGACUACAACUGCCAAAAUCAUCCCAAAAACUACAACAACCACAGGUCCCAGCACAACGACAGACAUGAUGGAAACUGGUGCCGCUUCAGGGAACAACUCUGCGAGAGGCUUGGCCUCAGAUGCAGUGCAGAACAAGAAGAAGAGUGAGGCAUGGGGUGCCAUCCUGGGCACAGCAGUGGCAGUGUGCUUUGUGGCGAUGGUGGUCUUUGUCAUCCGGAGAAGGAGAGGCCGACGGGAUUUCACACACAGGAAGCUUGUUGAGGAAUUCCCCUCAGACCCAGUUCAACAACUGGACAACAGUGAGCCUUUGGAUUUGAAAUAUGAUGGUUCAGCUUACUACAAUCCUGGAUGCCAAAUGGACAACAUCCAAAUGGCCAACUUUCCACGAGGACAUCAAAAUUGAAAAGGGCUCCAAGUCUAACUUUAAACACGUUAAAGAAGACUUUCAUAUACAAAAUACUUAUUGAGACCCAACAUAUGCAAUAACGUGCAUAAAUAUCUUUAACAGAAUGUUAAGUCAUAGAUUUUUAUUCUUUUUUAUUAUUAUUAUUUUUUUCUUCUAAGGGGUGGAUCAGCUUAAUAUUGCGGAAAGAUUGUUGCUUCCAUCAAUGUAACUGUCUGCAUCAUUUCCCAUCCCCCAUAUAUUUUUGGGGGUAAAUAUAUAUAUCCAUAUACAUACACAUAUGCAUACAUAUACACAUACACUUUUUUUUUUGAAUAUGCCUUUAUUAUUCCCGGCAAACCCUACUGCCCUUCCCCCAAUUGGAGUAAUCUAAUAAUCAAUAACACUUAGGCUUCUACCUUCACUAUGUGCAUCUUAUACACAUUUUACAGACACAAUCUAUUUUACAAUAGUUCUAUUCUGUUUGUUUUUAGUCCUUCCUCUAUUUCCGAUGUCCAUCCAGUUUGAUUUCUAUUUGUAACUGUGCUAUUUCACAACAUUUCUCAACCUAUAUACAUUUUACAGACCCUGUAUGUUUUACAUUGGUUAUCUUGUUAUUGGUCCGACCCUUCAGCUCAUCCCAUCUAUCUCUUAACACCAUCCAUUUUGGAUUUCUAUUUGCCAUAUAUUUUUCAACUGUGCUGUGAUGCUUGACAAAAGUACUGAACCUUUCUAUUCUCAUAGCUUCUACAGAUUGCUAAAAUAAUUAUUAUAUUAUUGAUUGAUUGACUAUGGCUUUUCAAAUGUUAAGUUAUAGAUUUACUGCACCCUAAUGCAUUGGUUAUGUGGGCUUAGGGGUGUAAACCAAUAAACUAUGGGAAUUUGAGAA